GGGCCGAGGUGCUCUCCGCCAGGCAGCACGCCGCCCCCCCCCUCCUCCGCUCGGAGGGGUCCGCGCGGGCCGGCGCCAUGCCGGCGCCGCGCCAAGCCGCGGUGAGCCCGGCGCCGCCGACGGAGCCGGCGCAGGCCGUGGACACGCCGAGGCAGACGCCGCCCCCGGGGGUCGCGCGGCCGGGGACGAGCAUGUCGUCGGCAGCGCGCAGGCUCGACGAGGAGGUGGACGAGCUGAAGGCCCAGCUGGAAGAGCACAAGAGGUUGCGGGAGCAGCAUGUGGCGGAGCUCGAAACGAAGCUGCUGAACAGCGAGAAGGAGGUCCAGAAGAUGAGGACGGACCUGAUGCUCGGCCUGGAGGCUGCGGCGAAGCGUGCCGAGGAGGCCACGGCGACGGUGCAGCAGCAGGAGGAGGAGGUGUCUGACAUCGUGCUGCACAUGGAGCAGACCGGGAAGAUGUCCGAGGGCGCAGCGAAAAUGGCAUUGAAGGUGCAGGAGGAACUGCGAUCCACGCGCAGUAACCUGCAGGGCGAGCUGAAGGCGGAGCUGUCGCGACUAGCGGAGGAUCUCCGUCGCGAGAUCUCGCAGGGCUUGGCGGAGCUCGUCGCCCGUCUCUCUGAGACCGAAGCCGCUGUGAGGCAGUCCGGCAAAGCAGACCUAGGUCGCUUGGCGGAGGAGAUCCACAGCGAGCUGCUGGUGGGGCUGGGCCGAGGCGAGGCCAUGGCGAAGAAGGCCGAGGAGAGCGCGCGGCAGCACAUCGACGCGGCCGUGCAGCAGCUGAGCGAGGCGCGGGCCGCGGAGACAGGGGUGCUCGUGCAGCAGUGCAUGGACAGCACGGCCGCUUCUGCGGCCCAGGUGGCAGAACUGCGGCUGCAGCUGGACGAGAGCGCGAAGGUCGCCGGCAGUGCUGCCGAGCUGGCCGCGCAGGUGGGCGGAGAGCUGCAGAGCUCCCGCGCCGCGAUGCAGGGCGAGCUGCAGGCAGGCCUGGGCCGCCUCGCGGAAGAGCUCCGCGGCGAGCUGUCGUUGGGCCUGGAGAGCCUCGCGAGCCGCCUGGGCUCCGAGGCCGCCGCGAGGCAGGCCCAGGCCGAGGAGGCCACACAGCAGUGGAUCGGCACGGCCGUGCAGGAGCAGGAGAAGGCGCGGGCUGCAGAAGUGGCACAGCUCACGCUGCAGGUUGAGGAGAGUGCCAGGGUCGCCGGCAGUGCUGCCGAGAUGGCCGCGAGGGCGGGCGACGAGCUGAAGGCGUCCAGCGCCACGCUGCAGGAAGAGCUGCAGGCUGAGCUUGCCCGCCUGGCGGAGGAGAUGCGUGGCGAGCAGUCGGCGGGCCUGGAGCGCCUAUCCGACAGCCUCGGCGCGGAGGCCAUGGAGGCUGCGUCGAGGCAGGCCAACACGGCCGAUCGCGCUGCGGAGAUGGCCGCCAAGGCGCUGGAGGAGUUGGAGACCACGCGCAGCGCCCUGCAGGAGGAGUUGCAGAGGGAGCUGGUGCACGCUGCGGAGGAGUUCCGCGACGAGCUGUCGCUGGGCCUCGAGGGCCUCGCCAGUCGCCUUGGCGAAGAGACAGCCGCGGCAGCGGGGCGAGCCGAGGAGUCCGCGCGGCAGCGCUCCGAUGCGAUCGCGGCGCGGCUGAAGGAGGACCUGCGCGCAGAGGCGGACGCGCGUGAGGCGCGCGCACUGGAGGCGCUGCGAGCUGAGUUCGCAAGCGAGCGCGACGUGCGCGACGCCGAGAGCGCGGACGCGGCGCGGGAGCUCCGUGCGGCGUGCGCCGCCGCGGCCGGCGCCCAGACCAGCUUCGUGGAGUGGAGCAUCCCGGACUGCCUGCGGCAGCUGGCGCCGCCGCCCGAGAGGCUGCCCCCCCUGGAGGCCGCCGGGCCCUGGGCCGCGCUGCGGGAGGAGGACGCGGCGCGGCGGUGGCUCUCGCCGCCCUUUGAGGCGGCGGGCGCGUCGGGCCUGCAGCUGGAGCUCUGCACCCGGAGGAGGGCCGGCGACGGCUCCCCCAGGAAGGGCUCCCCGAGGAGUGGCGGCUCGCCGAGGGGCGAGAGCAUGUCGCCGAGGCUGGCGAGCUCAGCGGACGGCGGCGCAGGCUCGCAAGAGUGCUCGGCCUUCCUGCACGCGCCCCCUGGACUUGCCCUCGAGUUCAGGCUGUUCAUCGGCGGCGAGUCGCUGAGCCUCGCCCACUCCUUCGGCGACGGCGCGUCCGGGCGGUGCGGCUCGGAGCAGCUGGGCGCGCUGGGCGAGCACGUCGGCCCGGACGGCUCGCUGCAGCUCGGGGUCGAGAUCCUGCGGGCCACGCGGGAGCGGACGGCGGCCGCGCCCGAGGGCGCAGACCUCGCCGGCGCGCUCGUGGCGAGGAGCUGCGUCAGCCACCGGCCGCAGGAGGCCGCCGCGGGAGCGGCCGGCGGCCAGAGGGUGCGCCGGGUGCAGUGGCGCGUGGAGCGGGAGUCGGCGCUGCUGCAGCGCUAUUCGAGGGGCGAGGCCAUGCGCAGCGCCGUCUUCGAGGCGGGCGGCGUCCAGGGCCUGCAGAUGGUCUUCUACCCCAAGGGCUGCGAGGGCGCCAAGGAGGGCUUCUGCUCCCUCUUCCUGUCGCACCCCCACUGGGCCAACGUCCGCUGCUGGCUGCGCGCCGGGCAGUGGAGGCGAGAAGGGCGGCAGGAGCUGGCCGGGAGGCAGGAGCUCCUGGGCCGCGUGAACUUCUGCCGGCUGCAGGACUGCCUGGACCCAGGGAGCUCGGUCGUGGAGCUGGCCAUGGAGGUCCAGGAGCCAAGGGCAACAACAAAAACAAUGCUUGCACGAGAAGCAUCAGCUCUCGGAGGGCCGCGCGGGU